AUGAGUUUAUUCUCAACAUUUUAUUUCGUCUUUUUUCUCGAAAUUUAACAACUUUAAUCUCGAGAUGGUUUUAAUCCUAAUCCUAAUCCUCUUCCGUACUUCUGUUAACCAUAAAUGUAACAAAAUCAAUUAGUGGGUUUUACAGCUUGAAAAAGGGCAGAAAAAAAAAAAAAAACGAAUUAAAUUCGAUAUAUUCUCUGAAAACAAGUUUUAAUAUUUUACGCAUUUUGUGAAUUUAUUCUGCUUGGAUAUUUUUGCAGUAAAACAAGGCAAAAAUACUCAUUAAGAAUUUUUUUUUUUGCAGUCUAAUGCAUGUUGACAUGAUACACAUCAAAAUUAAAAAGACAAGAGUUUACAACUGCAAUAUUAUUUCUGACACAUAACACCAAGUCACUUGAUCUUAAACUUUGUCACUGCGUCAGUGCAAAGGGCAGGUUUUUGAAUAAACCAUAUUACGACAGAUUGUCUAAAGAUGAGAAACAAAUUACAUGAAACCUUGAGAAUAUUCUUGAUUGACGGAAAGCUUUUAAGAAAUUCCUUGUGAGACUGUGUGCGUGUGUCGGAACGGCUGAGGCUGCUCAGCUAUUGGCUGUUUCUGGUACAUUCAGAGUAAGUCACAGUCUCUGUGGUUACAGAGAAGCAGAGCUUCAGCCAAGACAGAAUCGCUGAGCACAUAGCCUAUCCUCAGUCUGCUCGUAUCACAACAAGGGAGCUACGACUGAGCUUGAAGAGGUGGAUAGACUGGAAGAGAUUGCAGGUUGUUCUCAUCCUGAGAAUCCAGAGAUUACAGAGCUGAAGUCCCUGUCUGAGCCUGUAACCAUGGAGACAAGUGAAAACUCCGGCAUGGCAAACAUAAUCGACUGUGAAAUGGAAGUCCUGGAGACUGAGUUACCUGAGAGCAAGGACACAGGAAACAUAAAUGAACAAGUUUGUUAUGAUGCUGAUGUUUUAGAGUCCAUUAGUACAAAAGUUGUGGUUGACAUUUUAGCAGGCUUACCUCCUACAGAGACCAAGGCUGAUGAGCUUGAAGACGUUUGCAGUCCAAAAGAGGCACUUGUCUUGGAGGACACACAAGAAGAACUUUAUCGCAAUGAGUCAAUUACCUCUUCGAUAUCCGACACUCCGUCAAGUGCUGAGAGCAUGUAUGAGAAUGACGUCACGCAUAAGAGGCAAGAUUCGCUGAGACAGGAACCAUUGGAGAACAUUGAACCAUUGGAGAACAUUGAACCAUUGGAGAACAUUGCACCUCAACCAGAUGACGUUGACGAUGCAGAUGUGUUAGACCCAUUGGGUAUAGACACACAUGAAGCCAUCCUAGAAAAUUUUGGAUGCGAGGACCCAGAAGAAACCAUCCUUGAGCACUACAUCCGAGAAGAAGUUCUGUCAGACGUCUCCACAGAGUCCUGUCAUGACCCAGACGAAAUAGACGAGUGUCUUCGUGUCGAAAUAGCUGCAGCGUCGUCAGACAGCGAAACCGAUGAGAAAUGGAGGUGCAUCUUCUCUUCCUCCAUCAAUAAGGAAGAUGAUGAUUCCUACCUUGACAGCCUUGAGCUGAGCGCACAAGAACUCUUUGUUCAAAAAACAGAAGUUCUGAAUACUGAGGAAGAUUCAAAGGAAACCGAAGAGCAGGAGGUUCCAGUGGGAGAAGAAGUGCUAGAACAACCAGAGGACGAGCCAGAUGAGCAACCGCAAGAGAUAUCUUACAAUUCUUCCACAUUGUUCCACGGCUUGUCCAAGAUUUCCGAAGACGAUGAGGAGCUUGGACGAGGCUCAGCAACCCACAAGAGCAAUUCAUUUGAUUCCGUCAAAUCCGAUUCCAGCAAAAAGGUGCCUAAAGAUUACUGUGUGAUUCAAGAAAUGAAAAGCGAGAACGUCAGUACAGAGCAUGUGGAUUUUAAAGUUGCUCGCCAACAGUGGCUAGAGAUCGAAGAGCAAACAAAAAACUUGACACACCAUCCAAGCACACCAACAACUCGAUCUGGCACCUGCCAAGGUAGUCACAGUUUCAUGUAUACGCCUGUCCGCAACAUCGACAGGCCCAAGAGGGACCUUGAGAGCUUGUUGCUUGCAGAGGACUAUGCGCACACCCAGUUUAGCCCUUGCUCUGAGGAUUCAGGUCUGGAUGACUCUAGUUACAGAUCACCGUUUGAUGACCCAGAGACUCCAAUUGAGAAAGAGAUUCGCCUAACCAUGGAGCGCGAGGAGAACUUGAGGCGUGAGAGGGGAAUGUCAAAAUCGUACUCUAGCGACUGCGUACAGAUGAGGGUAAGAACUGCCAGCUUGAACCCUGGAAAACUAUGCCAAGAAGUCGAUGAGAAAAGGAAGAUGUUUGAACAUGAGGAUGAUGACAGUAGUAUAUCCAAAUCACUCUGCAGCCAGAUGCCUUCUUUCAUCAUUACCUCCUCACCAACAAAAAGCUUACACAAUCAAGACUUGGCGGCCAAUAGCGUUAUCAUCCUCGAGCCAGAGCCUUUCCCUCCAAGUCCACGGCAUGGAAAGAUGGUGUCCUCCAAAUCUGCUGACUGGAGACCUGAAGAUACCCCUAAUGUCAUCAUUCUGGAGACAUCAAACCUCAUCAUUCGAAGUGCAUCCGAGUUCAACUUGAAUUCUGCUUCUGAGGAAACCCAAGAGAAGAUGUUCCUCAACAACCCAUUUUUUAAGCUGCGGUCCAGGAGUACGAUAUCUCUCGUUGAUGAGGAGAUUAAGAUGGUGAAGCAGCGAGAAGAAGAACUGAAGCGUCAAAGGGCCAGUAUUUACUCGAAGGAUCACUUCCUGAUGUCUCCAAACCGUUUGGACAGCUCAUCGUUUACAGAUGAUGUGCCAAUUAAAUGUAAAUCAUCCCCUUCGUCUCCAAUGAAAACAUGCAGAAUGGAUCGGUCAGCUUUGUCAUGUGAUCAUCGAUUUCCUGAAACCUAUGCUGGAGGCCGACGUAAAAGUGCCAUGGCUUUGCGCUGGGAGGCAGGGGAGUUUGUGAAAAAUGAGUAAAAAAAAACAAAACAAGAUGGACACUGACCGUCAAUUUGCAGCUGUUUUACGUAAGAGAAUUUUCAAUGCUCAAACUUGUUUAUUGUGACAGCAUAUACACUUGCUACUGUUGCUUGUGUGACUUUGUUAUUGAUCCAGAAACAAAUCUGCAUAAGCCGAGAUGCCUAAAUGUUAUUUGAAUGUACUGUUUCACGCAUAUUCGUGAUUCCUCUUUGAUGAGGUGUCUAGAGAGACUUAUAAACCAUAUUUUUUAGUGUUUUGUCUAUGAAAUUGAGGAGAAUAUGUACUGUAUAUUCAUAUUGUAUUUUCUUGUAUGGCAAUGUUUGUAUAUCCCUAAAUUAUAUGAAAAUAUGAAACAAAAUUAAAGGGUUUUAGGAUAAAAUUGAAGUCAAAAUGUUCACAAAAUAGAUGUAUUUUGUUAAAUACCACAGAAAACAUCAAUUUGGAAUCUUUUGUCAAAAGGAAAUCAUUGAGAUUUCUUUUUCUUUUUUAAAAAGAAUGAAUAUGAAUUUGAUUGCUAUGAUUGCUCUAGGAAUAGAGGACAUUUUUGAAGAUACUAUUCUGCAUCUAGAUAACAUUUCAAUACUUCAGUUACACUCAGUAUGAAAAGCUUCAAUCUAUUUAUCAAAUCAUCUACUAUCUAAAAAUGACCUGUCGCUUUGUUGUCCACAGAUGUGUAUAUUUGUCAAACCGCCAUGCUUAAAAAAAAAAAACAGUAUUGCUUGCUAACCAUGUCAGUCUCAAGAAAAUACUUGCUUUGCAUACCGUUUGAACAAUCAUGUUCAAAAUACGAAUUCAAAAAUAAAUGUCAAUUAAAGAAAAA